AUGUCUUCUGUCUCCAACCCUCAACCGUCAUCCACAGGAUUAAAUGUGAUUGCUUUGAUAUCCGGAGGGAAAGACUCCCUUUACUCCAUCCUCCAUUGUAUCCGCAAUGGUCACAAGGUGAUAGCAUUAGCGAACCUGCAUCCCGCCCCGAGGAACAAUGUCACGGCCACUUCAUCCCUGGACGAGAACGAAGAAGAUGACAUCGACAGUUUCAUGUACCAAACCAUCGGACACAGCGUAAUCCCGCUGUAUGAGUCUGCGCUCGGGAUCCCGUUGUACCGGGCCCCUAUAACCGGUGGAGUAGUGGAUACGUCUCGGAUCUACCGCAGCGAAGCUACCGACCAGAUGGCCGAGAAUGAGACGAGAGAUGAGACGGAGUCAUUGAUCCCUCUUCUCCGACGGAUCAAACACGCUCAUCCCGAGGCCAAUGCCGUCUCCGCUGGCGCAAUAUUGUCGACGUAUCAGCGGACACGCAUCGAGAACGUCGCGGCCCGUCUAGGCCUUGUCCCUCUAGCUUGGUUGUGGAUGUAUCCAAGUCUGCCGCCGCCGGUGGAGAGGGCCGAGGCGUCUGCAGUCUCGUCGGAUGUGGCGGAUGCCGGUCUCCUGGAGGAUAUGGCGGCUGUGGGCUGUGAGGCGCGGAUCAUCAAGGUAGCGUCAGGGGGGCUGGAUGAGGGUUUUCUGUGGGGAGAUGUUUCAUCUACGGAUGGGGCGCCCCGAAGACGGAUUGCAAGAGGGAUGAAGCGGUUUGCCGCGGCGGAAGAUCUUCGGGGAGCGAUUUUGGGUGAAGGAGGUGAGUAUGAAAGUUUGGCGUUGGAUGGUCCAGCGUUUUUAUGGAAACGGAGGAUUGAGAUCGAGGAAAAGGAAGUAAAGUCUGGAGAAGGAGGGGUUGGGUUUAUGAGGUUGAAGGGCGCAAGGUGUGUCUCUAAGGAGGUUGUCGACCAGGGGAAUAUUACGCCGGGGUCGGUUAGACGACCGGCGUUGCUGGAUGAGGCCUUUGCGGGUGCCUUGGAUGGCUUGUUGUCAUCUUCAGCGGGGACCGAAGACGUAGAGCCAACGACAGGGCAACCAGAGGGUAUCGAAUGUGAAUGCCCUGAAAUGACCCAGUCAAGAAAUGUGCGAACAUGGACAAUCUCGAACAUCACAGCGCCAGAGGCUGGUCCUGAGGCGGCUAAGCAGAUGGGUGCGAUUGUACAGAAGAUCCUGAAUAUCUUGGGCUCUACAGUCCAUGGUACGGACUCUGGCCCGCGAACAACGACUGACAUUGUCUUUACCACGGUGUUACUUCGUUCUAUGGCAGAUUUUCCAUCGAUGAAUGACGUCUACGUUUCACUCUUCAAGAAACCCAACCCUCCUGCGCGGGCCACCGUUGCCUGUGGUGGGAGUCUUCCGGAAGGAGUGAAGGUUAUGGUCUCAUUGGUGGUGGACUUGGGACACCGAGAUUUACGACAAGGGCUCCAUGUCCAGUCCCGGUCAUACUGGGCGCCGGCUAAUAUUGGACCAUAUUCACAGGCUACAUCAAUCCCUCUGCAGAAGGAGGAGCGACUGGUGUACAUUGCGGGCCAGAUACCUCUGGAGCCAGCAUCGAUGGAACUGGUCAAUAGGUCUACUGCAUCAGAACCGCAAUGGUUCGAAAACUACGCUUUGCGAGCUGUUCUAGCACUGCAGCACUUAUGGAGAAUUGGUGCAGCUAUGCAUGUGGAUUGCAUGGCGUCUUUGGAAGUCCAUGCACAAUCAGCGGAAGAAGAUGAUGGAGAGGAAGAAGACUCCAUACUGGACGCUUGGGAUAUCAAAUACGGAAGAGAGGCACACGAGCAACGCAAUACAGCUGGAACGCCUACGCUGCCCAAUUUUUCGGUGAUACAAUCAGACGUUUUGGUACCUGCCUUUUUUGCUGUCCAGGUCGAGGAACUGCCUCGAAGUAGUGAUAUUGAAUGGCAAGGUCUGGGUUGCAGGUGCGAUGAAGUAACAUUAGCCGCGGAAGACGUCGAUUUUGGACGCAGGGUCGAUGCGUCCACUAAAAAUCUGCACUACACGGCCAUUGAAAUCGAUAUGCGCCAGUCAGGCAAAAGUGUUGAGGCAUGUCUGCGGCGAGUACUGGAGAUAUACACUGAGCAACAAGGAAAUUCCCACGCCAUUGUAUACACCACACAAUCAUUGCCCCGUGAUCUUCGACCUGGACAAUUCGUGCCAUGCAAGUCAAUUUGGGGCCGCCAGGGAAGGAGAUUGGCAGCCGGGGUUAUUUUGCAGAGGUGGAAAGAUACGGAGUAG